AUGCAACAUGUUUUUAUAUAUGCAAAAGCUUGGUUUAAACUUAUUAUUUGUCCUACCACUGAUAAUAGAUGUCAUGUUGUUAGAGAAUUUGUUAAUAGAAGUUUCAGAAAGGCUGUUGUGAUAGUUACUAUUCUUGAUUUCAGGAUUACAACCUACUUUGUUACUGUAUUUAAGAUCAGAUCACAUAAUUUGGACUGUUGUCCUAUUAGUGGCUUUAUUACUUUUGUAAAAGACUAUAUUGCCAAACUUAAACCAAAUAGUAGACUCAAUAAUAGUACCAAUUUAUAA